AUGGCAGGAAUCCAUAUAAACGUUAGGGCGUCUACUGACGGCGGGUCUGCAGUCAACUUCUUUGGUGAGAACGUCGAAGUCAUCAGUGACCACGAGAUCCAGAGCUUCAAUCUCGCAGAUUCUCCUUUAAAAGACGCAAUAGAAAAGUACGCUGGAGCAAGACCAGCGGACGCUUACCUGAAAGGCCCCACACCGUGGAACGAUCUUUUCAAAACUUACGGCUGGCCCCAAGUGCAAAGGAAACUGUACCCGCGCAGCGCAAGAGUACUGGGUGUCAACAGUCAGCCAGUCAUAGUCACGACGCAAGAGUUCACCAACAAUAGCUCAUUAUCAGCAACUUACAACGCUGGAGUCACUCAUCAGGUGGAGGAGAGCGUUAACACCACUUGGAGCAAAGGCGGUGAGCUGUCAAUUGGCAGUGAGAUCUCAUAUAGUAUAAAUUUGGUCGCGGCUUCUGUCGGUGGUUCUAUGAAUAUGUCUUAUUCGUCAAGUUGGGGACAGUCGACGAGCAAGAAUAGAGCAGUGACAGUGGGAGCCAGUUCAGGUAUGGAAGUGGUGUUAGCACCUGGACAAUCUGUUGUAGCGACCUUGCAAGCCGUUAGAGGCACUAUGCAAGUGGAGGUUGACUAUAGGGCCACUUUACAAGGGGUCGUGGCUUGCAACUAUCCAGAGAAACACAAUGACCAUCAUUUCUGGAGUUAUGAUAUUAAUGCAGUGAUGGAUGCGGAUGGAAGGAGAAAGGAAAUAGACUCCACAGAGGUGAUUACUAUUGACUAUUAUUCUGAUGCGAAGGUUCAUCUCAGAGACAGGGACACAAACGCUCCUCUAUAA